UACCGGUGAUGUGAGCCGGUGCAGCUGUGGAAGGAGAACCGUCGUGUGUCCGUGUGGUGUGAGUUAGCAGGACUGAAGGAGAAGACCAGGGUUAAAGUCUCCGUGAAUGCUGCAGUGACCCGUACCGGAGCAGAGAACCAGCACCAUGUUCAGAGUGUGUCUGCGCGGGGCCGGGGCCGCGGCCCGGAGAAACUGUGCGAGAGCUCCCCUGACGAACCUUCCCCCCUGCAGACGCUACACCACGGGCCAGGGCAGCGGGGCCGGUAAGGUGGUGGUCACCGGCCUGUUGACGGUGGCCGGAGGCCUCGGAGGAACCGUACUCUACGCCAACUGGGACCACAAGUUCCGAGCGGCGGUGGAGAGCAACGUCCCGUACUCGGACUGGCUGCUGGGCCUGGCCCUGGGACCCCCCCCAGAGACCGGACUCCCCGGCAGGAAACAGGCCCAGCCACCCUCCAUGAUGGAAAGACAAGUGAAGCCAUCCAAAAGUAAACCAAAUAAAGUGAAGGAAUCAGCAGAGAGUCCAGCCAAAGAAGCCGCUCCCAUCUCAGCAGAGCCUGCACAGAGCUUACAGGAAGCCUCAGCCGAGGCCACCCAGAUCAUCUCAGCCAUCAGCGAGGUCCCGUCAGUCCCAGCUCCAUGUGACACGGAGGUCAAAGAAGAAUGCCACGAAUGCCACGACCAUCCUGUUACCACGGAGUCGGCGGCUGGAGCAGCAGCGCCGCUGAAAGAGCGUCCAGGAGAAGAGGUGGCUGCUCGGCUGGCCCAACAGGACCAGAGCGAGCAGGAAGCUCUAGCAUCGGUCUCCACCAGCCUGGAGGAUUCCCUGUCAGACUCUGCUAAGGCAGCGUUGGAGGCGAUUGGAGCUCAGGAAGCCGCCCUGCAGGCCAUCAGCCACCACACCCAGAAACUGAAGGAGGCCAUGGAGGCAGAGGGUCCGUCUGAGGAGACGUCGGCCCAGUGGAAGGAUCUUGAAGCCGCUCUGGCCGACAGAACCACCGCCGCUAACGACGCCAGGACGGCUCUGCUGAAAGCAAACAAGGCCUUGGACGGUCUCCGCUCCCAGAUCCACAGCUCCAAGGGUCUGAAGAUCGCCGCCGCUCGGCCCGUCAUCCUAGCAGCAGAGGAGAAUCUCCACAAGAUGGUGGUGGACUUGGACAAGGUCGCGGCCAAGGUCCAGUCAGCAGAGUCCGAAGCGAAGAUCGUGUCCCAGUACAGCGAGCUGGUGAAUGAAGCCAAGCAGCAGUUCCAGAGGGAGGUGAGCAGCCUGACCCCGGAGAUCCAGGCCAACUGGAAAGGUCUCACUGGGAAGCUGUCCCCAGACGACCUGAACGCCCUGAUCGCCCACGCCCACCGCCGCAUCGACCAGCUGAACCGGGAGCUGGCGGAGCAGAGAGUCCGGGAGCAGGUCCACAUCGACACGGCCCUGGAGCAGCAGAAGAUCGAGGACAAGAAGACCCUGAACAACGCCGUCAACACGGCCCUGCAGCACGUGAAGGAGGAGGCCCGGCUGGACAGGGAGAGGAAGCUGGCUGAGCUGAGGGAGGUGAUGGAGGCCGAGAUGAGGACUCAGCUCCGCCGACAGGCCGCCGCCCACACCGACCACGUCAGGGAGGUCCUGAAGGUCCAGGAGGGGGAGCUCCGGGCUGAGUCUGAGCAGGUGCUGAGCAGUAAGAUGCUGGAGCAGGAGACCCGGUACCGUCAGCUGGGCCAGGAGCAGCUGGAUAACUUCACCCUGGACAUGAACACGGCCUACGCCCGGCUGAAGGGCAUGGAGGAGGCCGUCGACAGUCACCUGGUGGCGGAGGACGAGGCCCGUAAGGCCCACCAGCUGUGGCUGUCGGUGGAGGCUCUGAGCUACGCCCUGAAGACGGCGGCCAUCGACUCCCCCACGCUGCCCCUGCAGGGCGCCGCUCAGGCCGUGCGGGACAGUUGCCACGACAACGAGUUUGCAGCAGCGCUGGCGUCGGCUCUCCCGGAAGAGUCCCUGCAGCGCGGCGUGUACACCGAGGCCACGCUGCGCGCUCACUUCAACUCGCUGCGCUCGCUGGUGCGCCGCGUGGCCCUGAUCGACGAGUCCCACAACUCCCUGUACCAGUACUUCCUGUCCUACGUGCAGGCGGCGCUGCUGCUGGACGAGCCCCAGCGCCCGCCCCCCGCCCAGCUCAGCGGAGAGGACCUGGACCCCUUCAGGCUGCUGGCCUACGCCGGCUACUGCCUGGAGCACGGAGACCUGGAGCUGGCCGCCAAGCUGGUGAACCAGCUGAGCGGGGAGGCCCGGCGGGUGGUGCAGGACUGGCUGACGGAGGCCCGGCUCACCCUGGAGACCCGGCAGGCCGUCAGCCUGCUGGCCGCCUACGCCAACGCCGUGGGGCUGGGCACCACUCAGGCCCCGUAGGGCCCCGUAGUUCCCCCCGUAGGUCCCCAAAGCUCCAGCCCCCACAAAGAGCUGCACACCACCAACACCUGCACCGUCAGCCUCCUCUGCCCAACCUUAAAUUAUCCACAACGCUGCACCUUUUGUGAAUAUUGUCCAAAAAUUAUUGUUCAAUAAAUAAUGAACAAAAACA